GGCUCACAAAGAGCCAAUCAAUAGCGGAACUCCUGCUUAGAGCUUUUUGGACUCCUGUCUGGAGUUUCAUACUUGAGGAGAAACGCGAGAGAGGGCAACUCCUUAAACCUGACCGUCGCGUUACAUGUAGUUGUGUGCGAUUCUCUGUCAAGAAGUUUUGGCUUGCCUGCCAGGAUGUACACGGCGGGACUCAAUCCGUUUUACGCAUCGAACUUUAGCCUUUGGACCGCGUACUGUUCGGGCGGUUUUGGGGUGGACAGCAUGAAGAAACCCUCGUUCUGCAUCGCUGAUAUUCUGCACGUUGGAGAUGCGGAGAACCUCCCCGGUUCGUCUUCGCUUAUGGCUCACAUCGGGGCCCGAGCGCAGCUUCAUUCGUCGGGAUCCCCGUUACGCCCGUCGCCGGUCACUCCAAGCGCAUCCGCGUAUCACAGGCACGGAAUACACUUGACAUCCAGAGCCGCGAUCAACGCGCAAUACGCGCCUCCGCCGUCCAGUAAAGACCUCAAGUUCGGGAUUGAUCGGAUAUUAUCCACAGACUUCGAGCCGAAGGGAAACGAAUCGCUAUCGUUGAGAGAUCUCACAUCGAUUGUUAGUCCGAAUCGGCAGUCAGCAGUCCAUGUGUCUGCAAGCCCGUACUUCGCGUCCAUAGACCCGACCAUGAGCGAAACCUCCUCCAUGAUGGGUUCAAUAAGCAAUGCCGCCAGACAAUCAGGGCAACAUCAGUUUCAAGACACCUUCCCAGGGCCGUAUGCGGUGCUUUCCAAAGACACAAUGCCACAGACUUACAAGAGGAAGAGGUCGUGGUCCAGAGCCGUGUUCUCCAACCUGCAGCGGAAAGGCCUCGAGAAGCGCUUUGAAGUCCAGAAGUACGUCACGAAACCGGACAGAAAACAGCUGGCUGCGAUGCUGGGCCUCACCGAUGCACAGGUCAAAGUUUGGUUCCAGAACCGGCGGAUGAAAUGGCGCCAUUCCAAAGAAGCGCAGGCGCAGAAGGACAAAGAAAAAGAACAGCCAGAGAAAUCCGCGACCGAAACCGAACCCAAAGAACGCGAGGACUCCGAAUGCGAAAGCGAACCGAGCGAGUCCGAAUUCGAGGAGGGAGCGGAGGACAAAAGCGACGUGGACAUUUCUGACCUCAACAAGGCUUUUUCGCCCUGA